AGGUGAGAGAGUCUGCAUGGAGCUCUACAAUGUGUUUAUAAACUACAGAGCGCUGUUAUAUUGUAUUAUUUUGAAAGGUCCGGGUUGUAGUGUGGUAGGAGCGCGUUGUUUUAUCCGUUCAGACACUGAGGGAGAGCAGAGAGGAGGUGAGAGAGUCUGCAUGGAGCUCUACAAUGUGUUUAUAAACUACAGAGCGCUGUUAUAUUGUAUUAUUUUGAAAGGUCCGGGUUGUGGUGUGGUAGGAGCGCGUUGUUUUAUCCGUUCAGACACUGAGGGAGAGCAGAGAGGAGGUGAGAGAGUCUGCAUGGAGCUCUACAAUGUGUUUAUAAACUACAGAGCGCUGUUAUAUUGUAUUAUUUUGAAAGGUCCGGGUUGUGGUGUGGUAGGAGCGCGUUGUUUUUGUGUGUGUGUGUGUGUUGUAUUUGUGAAGCGGCGUGUCUGUGUCAGCGCGUUUGUUUUUAUUCUCAUCCUCUCAUUCACAGUCUGUGUGUUUCAGGGCUGACAGCUUCGCGGGUUUCCAGACAGAUUCUCAGUGUUCUGAAAGCGUCUCGCGGGUCAAUACGGGUUUCGUUCUGUUACCCGGAGCGCGCGCCGGCUGCUCGUGGCUGCUGUCUUUCUGACGUCACACGCAGCUUGUAGAGAAGCGCGUCUCCAAACCUCGCAGCGCAGCUCAGUGACGCGCUUGAAAACGCGACACAACAUUCCCUAAUAACACUUGCCAUGCAUUAUGACUUCAAAGCCAUCAGUGUAAGGCGAUGACCUUAUUAUUUAUUGAUUUUAUUUUACUUUAUUAUUUCUUUGAUCACCAAUUGCCACAGCAACACACUGUUUAUGUAUGUAGUACUUAUUUUAAGGUAAUAAAUAAACACAAUUCUCUAGGGAUUUAUUUAUUUUUAAUUCUUAUUACUCUCUUACAUCUCAUUACAUUAUGUAUGUGUGUGGAGAUUAGAUAAAGGGCUAUUUGGAAGAGAAAAUAGGAGGCACUUUUUUACACAGAGAAUUGUGAGAGUCUGGAGCCAACUCCCCAGUAACUUUGUUGAAGCGACACCUUGGGAUCCUUCAAGAAACAGAUUCUAAUAAUAAUAAUACUAACAAUCUUUAGUGUUAUAUAGCGCCUUUCACAGUUGACCACCAUCACAAAGCAGUGUGUGAGCUGUGCAUCAGCUGCAGAGUCACUUACAACAACGUCUCACCUGAAAGACGGAGCACAAGGAGGUGAAGUGACUUGCUCAGGGUCACACAAUGAGUCAGUGGCUGAGCUGGGAUUUCAACCGGGGACCUCCUGGUUACAAGCCUGUUUAUUUAACCACUGGACCACACAGCCUCCUAAAAGGAACAAUAAGCUUCUAACAACCAGCUGCUACUAAGCAGAAUCCUGUGUGCUGCCAUGGACAGUGUGGAGAUGGAAUCUGUCCAGAUUAAAGAGGAGUUCUCUGAACCUGAACUUGUCCCCUUUAGAGCGGAGAUCGCUGGGCUGGCUUCCCUCCCCAUUAAACAGGAGCUCUGUGAGAUGCAAUGUGACAGCAGUCAGCCACAGGUCUCUGAGGUUAAAGCUGAGCGCAAUGAAUUGGAGAUCCCCCAGACAGAAGAACCCCUUCCUGUGAAACAAGAAGAGGUGCUGGAAAUUAACCAUAUUAAACAGGAGCCCCCUGAAGUAGAGUUUGACCACAUGGAACCAGGGAAGGAAGACUCCGAGGACUUCAAACCAAACAUCCCUGAGCUGGAGAGAAUCUGUGUGAGAGAGCAAGUCGCUGGAGAGGAAGGCUCUCCCAACAGCAUGCAAGGAGGUGGACAGGAAGACGGGCAGUCACAUUCAGAAUGCAGUCUAGCAGGUUCCAGUCCAGCAGCUAAAGCAAGGGCAGGCGGUGGAGAAUAUCCUGACUGUGGGAAAGGUUUCAUGCAGACAAGGCAUUUAAACAAAACCCAACGAACUCACACAGGCGAGAAACCGUAUCACUGCUCUGACUGUGGGAAGAGUUUCAAUCAUUUUAGAAACCUAAAACAACACCAGCGAAUUCACACAGGAGAGAAACCGUAUCACUGUUUUGACUGUGGGAAGAGUUUCAGUCAGUUAAACAGCCUUGUUUUACACGAGCGAACUCACACAGGAGAGAAACCGUAUCACUGCUCUGACUGUGGGAAGAGUUUCAGUCAGUCAAACAGCCUUGUUUUACACCAGCGAACUCACACAGGAGAGAAACCGUAUCACUGCUCGGACUGUGGGAAGAGUUUCAGUCGGUCAGACAGCCUUGUUUCACACCAGCGAACUCACACAGGAGAGAAACCGUAUCACUGUUCUGACUGCGGGAAGAAUUUCAGUCGGUCACACAGCCUUGUUUCACACCAGCGAACUCACACAGGAGAGAAACCGUAUCGCUGCUCUGACUGUGGGAAGAGUUUCAGACAGUUAGGAAGCCUAAAAGAACACCAGCGAGUUCACACAGGAGAGAAACCGUAUCACUGUUCUGACUGUGGGAAGAGUUUCAGUCAGUUAGGAAGCCUAAAAGGACACCAACGAACUCACACAGGAAAGAAACCGUAUCACUGUUCUGACUGUGGGAAGAGUUUCAGUUGGUCAGACAGCCUUGUUCCACACCAGCGAACUCACACAGGAGAGAAACCAUAUCACUGCUCGGACUGUGGGAAGAGUUUCAGUCGGUCAGACCACCUUGUUUCACACCAGCGAACUCACACAGGAGAGAAACCGUAUCACUGUUCUGACUGUGGGAAGAAUUUCAGUCGGUCAGACAGCCUUGUUUCACACCAGCGAACUCACACAGGAGAGAAACCGUAUCACUGUUUUGACUGUGGGAAGAGUUUCAGACAGUCAAAGAGCCUUGUUUCACACCAGCGAACUCACACAGGAGAGAAACCGUAUCACUGUUCUGACUGUGGGAAGAGUUUCAGUCAGUUAGGAAGGCUAAAAGGACACCAGCGAACUCACACAGGAGAGAAACCGUAUCACUGUUUUGACUGUGGGAAGAGUUUCAGUCGGUCAGACAGCCUUGUUUCACACCAGCGAACUCACACAGGAGAUAAACCGUAUCACUGCUCUUGCUGUGGGAAGAGAUUCAGUCAUUUAGGAAGCCUAAAAAAACACCAGCGAGUUCACACAGGAGAGAAACUGUGUUGCUGCUCUGACUGUAGGAAGAGUUUCCGUCUUAAACAAGCCGUUCAAAAACACCAGCGAAUUCACAGAGAAGAGAAACCUUAAAGACUGUUUUGUGUAUCACUCUUAACCCUUUGCGGUCCAUUUUUUCAGCAUGUAUGUUUUAUGUAUCACUCUUAAGAGCAUGCAUUUUAAAUUAUAAAAAUGCAAAUCCACUCUCUUGCUCUCUGUCAAAGUGGGCGGUGACGCUGACAUGUCACAAGAGGCUUCUCUGCUGUCAGUUUAACUCAGGCUGUCAAUGCAGUCAGUGCCUGGGAGCGAGAAUAUGCAGAAAGGAAACUAUUCACACCUCAUCUGAUGGACGAGUCAGGAGAAAUCAAUAACUCAGUGUGGAAAUGAGUUUCAGAGUUUAACAUUUGAACUUCAUUAACUUGAAAAUAAAUAAAUUGAUGGGAAUGAGUAUCCAGACCCCUGAUGUAGCAUCCCAGAGACGAGACUGCAGCGUCCUUACUGGGCAACCACCUGGAGGAUGGGUUUUGGAAAUUCAUCACUAUUCAAAAACGUAUGAAAACUGAUAGUGUUGCAUGACUGUAUUAUGACAUGAAUGAGUGAAUAUUGCGUGACGUGUCGCUUUGCAGUGUGCAUUGUCCAUGCUUGUGUUUGUGUUGCUUUUGUAAAGUGCCCCGAGUAAUAGCAGUGCAGCAGGCAUGUGUACGGAUCUUGGGUACAUAAAGUCAUAGCGGUUUCAUCCCUGGCUCUUUCUUGCUCUUUUGCAGUAUCUUGCACUUGGUGACAAAUUCCCAAUGAAAAUGUAGCUGAGCUAUGACUAUUAAUCAGGGUUCGUACGCUAGUCUGGAAGUCUGGAAAAAGUAUGGAAAAUGCAAAACUGAUUUCCAGGGCUUGAAAAUGCUUGAAAAACCACGUCUCCGUUAUGAAAGUCUUGAAAAAGUCUGGAAUUUCACUAGCAUCAUGGGAGAAUGAAAAUGAUUCCGCGAUUACUUUUAUUAUUAAUAGUAAUUGAUCUCUAAAGCGGGUCAGCAGCUCUAGCAGUAACUGUCUAGACAGUUUACUAGUAGCAGCUAUGUUGCUUGUGACCAAAUCCCGCGAGGAUUGCCCCGUGUAACACCCCUGACAGCGUCCUCACAACUCAAAAGCAAUCCUAUCCAGUCAGCGCACUGGUUUAUGUCACAUGACUGUCUGCUCCAGUGAAACAAAGGGUAAAAUGGAGUCUACGACAGCCAAGGCUAUGAUUUUUUAAACAAAGUUACAGACUGGAAUUACAAGCUACUGUACUCUGCUCACCGAGAUUCACAUUGUGUUAUCUUGUUGUUACCUUUAUUAAAUCGUUAAUGUUAUUUCCCAACCCAGGAAAAAAAAAAUGUAAUACGAUAGUUAGGGUGUAUUCACACUGGGUUCAUUUCAAACGUCCUCAGUCCGGUUCGUUUGCUUUGAAGCAAUGUAUCAAUGUGCUAGCUGUUCACACUUGCCUUGUAUACAAACGUACUGAGUUCGUUUGGAAAUUAACUGGGGCUCGUUUUCGUGGUUCACUUCCGUGUUUUCCCAGGACUCAGUUCACUUGUGUUCAUAUUGAAAUAAUCAGGGCAGCAGUGUGGAGUAGUGGUUAGGGCUCUGGACUCUUGACAGGAGGGUCGUGGGUUCAAUCCCAGGUGGGGACACCGCUGCUGUACCCUUGAGCAAGGUACUUUACCUAGAUUGCUCCAGUAAAAACCCAACUGUAUAAAUGGGGAAUUGUAUGUAAAAAUAAUGUGUAAAAAAAAAAAUUAUAAUUUUUUGUAAAAAUAAUGUGAUAUCUUGUAACAAUUGUAAGUCGUCCUGGAUAAGAGUGUCUGCUAAGAAAUAAAUAAUAAUAAA